AUGGAACCAUUAUGGGCCAUUGAGCAGCUAAACGAUGAAAUAACGCGUUGAAAUUUGCCAAUAUUGCGGAAACCUGCAAAUAAAAUGUAGACUUACGUGUUGUUUAAAAAAAAACAGAAAAAAAUAUUAGAAUAAUGUAAGAUAUAAUAAAAUUAAUAAUAAUUAAUAAUAAAAGAUAUAAAUGGGAGAUAUGGAGGAAAAAAAUUUUUCUUGCGAUAUAAAUAUUUUAAUUUCUUCGAAUCUCUUGCAAAAUAAGUGGGGAGAACAGCAGAGGUCAAAUGAAUUUUUUUUUUUUACUGUACAGUAAAUGAACAACGUAUUAAACUAUUAAGUUCAUAUUUUUUGCUUGAAACUGUUUAUACUAACGAACCUUUCGUUCUUUCGAUCAAGAUACAUAUGUAUUUUAUUCGUCGCACGAUCAAGGAUUCAUUUACCAUUUUCUAUUAAUUAAUAAAACAAUAAAAGCUUGUAUCCUCUCUUUAUAGGUAGCCACAUUCUGUUGGAGAAAUUACGGAAAUAUAAACCGAAGAUCGCUGUGUUUAACGGUAAACUCAUAUACGAGGUAUUCUCUGGGAAGAAGGAGUUUGGAUUCGGUAGACAACCUAACUUGGUAGAGGGCACAAAUACGUACAUGUGGGUGAUGCCAUCGAGUAGCGCGAGAUGCGCGCAACUACCACGGGCGGCGGACAAAGUGCCAUAUUACGCGGCGCUGAAGAAGUUUCGCGAUUACUUGAACGGCACGAUCUCUCAUCUAGAUGAGUCGGACAUAGUGUUCGCGGACUCGAAGCUGAAGAAGAAGGAACAAGAGGCGAUCGAGGAUAAAAAGCCGGCGUUCUGCGAGGAGCUUACGAACGAGGGAGAAAGCAGAAUCACCGAGGCGAAUGGAACCGGCAUGAAACAAGACUCCAACUCCCAGAUACCCGGCAAGAAGAAAAGAGGCAGGCCAAAGAAGAUAAAGAACCCGGAAGAUCAACCGCCGCCGGAUCCCGAGAAAUUAGACGCGAACGGGGAAGUGAUAAAGAAACGGCGAGGACGGCCGAAAAAGAUACAUCAACAGCAAAAGCAACAGGAACGGGAGAUGAGAGAACAGCAGCAGCAACAUCAACAACAACAUCAGGGUAUGGGCCAUCUCGGGGACGGCUACGGUGCCGUGGUACCCAACUGUUUCUCCCCGCCGAAGACAUUUGCUCAUAUGGCUCCCUAUCCACAACCGAUGAACGAUUCUGGAUUUUACGGACAGGGUAUCAACGACAGCCCGUAUAGUAUAAAUGCAAAACAAAGCCCGGUACACUUGCAACACUACAGCCAAAGCCCGAAAUCCAUGUCGCUCUCGUUUACUCAUUCCGAUCUAUCCUCGGAGAUCAACACCGCGAUUUCUUCGGAGAACAACUUGGAGCCGUCGCCGUUGACAUCCCCAAGCGUCGAACAUCCGGAUUUCGAACCCCCUACCAGUAUCUCGCAGCAGAAUAUGAACAACGAUCAUCGUCAGUACAAUCCAGCUGGGAACGGCGAGAAUCCGGGUCAUCAUGGUAGCCCGGGUACGCCGUCCCAUCAGAGCUACACCAGCUACAUGGGCUAUCACGACCAAACCUCCGAGCCCCACAAUCCUCAUCCCCAUCAGACUACGCCGACACCGUUGAGCCAAACUACCGACGACCAUUCGCAUCACUCCCAUCCGACUCCCCCGCAUACGCAUCCGCAUACGCCGACACACGCCUCGAUGUCACCUCACCACCAUCCGCACGAGCAGUACGCCAUGAAGAGAAACGCCGGACAGGACGUGGCCUCGAAAAGUCUCAGCGACUUGGAAUCUCUAGUCGAUCAGAUACCGAGCAUAGCCGACGGCGGUAGCCAACGUCUACAGCACGCGCAUCCCGGGAUGACCGACGACGGAUCUCUCGCGGAAAAAAUGGAAGCACAUCAUCAGUCUUAUUUGUCGGGAUUCUCCGGCAUGCCUAACGCCGGCAUGUCCAAUUACAGCCCUCCCUUGGCGCCCACCGGUGCGAUCUAUCCAUCUUCGUUACAUCAUUCUCCCAACGACGGUUACGGCUCUCUUUACGGCAUGAACGGACGCCAGCAUCAGGACUCCCAGCAGCAGCAGCAACAGCAGCAGCAACAGCAGCAACAGCAACAGCAGCAACAGCAGCAGCAGCAGCAUCAACAGCAACAGCAACAGCAACAUAGUAAAUCGUACACAGUUGAAAAUCUAGCGUCUAGCAAUUACACGCCGAGCAUGAGCCACGGUCAUCCUGGUAACUCGUAUCCGAAUAUUAUUCCUGGACCUCAUUAUCCCGUACCGAUGGGAUCGACGAACGGGUAUCUUUUUGGUGGCCUUGAAUCAAGCUUGAUGCAACGCACCUACGGGAUGAGCGGUAUGAGCGGCAUGGGGGGAAUGCAUCCAUCCCUCGGUCACAUGGCGAAUCCUUAUUCCUACAAUGGUUCGUACUCUAGUUCCUUCGACGCCUAUCCGGCCCCGCCAGCAGGGAUUCACGCGCCCAGCGCUAAUUAUCCCGGCGGUUACGCGAGCGUUGGUAGCGCGACUCCAGGUACUUCUACGCCACCGUCUUACCUUCCUUCCCAUCACAGACCGUCAGUCGACCUCGCUUACGACGGUGUAUGA